AUAAACAGUGCAGCAUUGUUACAACAACAGCAACAACAAGAACAAGAACAGUAAUUUUAACAACAGCAACAUCAGCCCAGAGAGUCUUCUUGGCUGUGCGCGCCCGCGUUUUGUUGUUGGUUUUCUCAGUCGGUGGUGGUGCUGGUGGCUGCCUUUGUAUGUGUGCGUGUUUUUUUUGUAUUUUUUGUUGUUGUUGCAUUUUAGUUGCAUUCUUGCGAGCGAAGCGUCGCGUCGCUGCAUCUGCGUCAAGAGUGCGACGCCGGCGUCAGCAGCUUUAAACUUUUGUUUUGUUUUUUUUUUCGGGUUGUUGCUCAUUUUGUUUUUUUUUGGGAACAAACGAGAGACGAAGUGGCUCCCAAAACGUGCCAGCCAAAAACAAUGCAGCGUUGGCAAUGAGGCAGGCGGCUGUUAAUAUGCUGUGCCACUUGUUGCAUGCAACGUUCCGGCAGCAGCAGCAGCAGCAACGAACUCGCAUCAAAUGCUUACAGCUGUAUUUAAUGCACAUUACUCAUACGCCAUGUGUGGCCCAUAUGCAAUUGCAGCUUGCCACAGCAACGGCAACGGCAACAGCUGCCAACGCUUGCGGCCAAACUUUGACGUCUAACUAACUAAUUCAACUCGAACAACAACAACAACAACAGCAGCAGCAGCAACAAGCAACUCACAGCUCAAUUCAAAGUAAAGUUGUGCACAACCAAAACACACAAACAAACAAACAAACAAAAAUGUCUGAGUCGCGUCGCCAGUCGGUCAGCUUCACAGCGAUGCCGCCGGGCGUUCUAGUCAACGAUAGCCGGGCCAAUUCCACCGAUGACAUACAAAUUGCUUUGGCGCCGCAUAUUCAAACCUAUCUAAGUCAAACCGGACGUCGUCAUUCCUGCUGCAGCGUCAUGUUGCCAGUGGCAUUCGAACGCGCCGCAGCCAAAUCCUGGCUGGACCCCAAAUUCGAUUCACCAGUUCUCGAGGAGCAAUACCAGGCCAGCGUAUUUCCGCACAUCCGCAUGCGAUACAGGUUUACCUUGUCGUAUAUUUUGCUCUGCUCCUUGGCCUGGUGCCUGUACUUUGUCAUCGAUGGUGGCUCCGAGGACUUUUGGCGUCCCAUUUCGACAUCGUUCUCAAUGAUGUCGCUGGUGACCAUCAUGGCCAUGUGCUUCACCCACUGGGAUCUCUACAAACAGAAUCGCACGCUCACCUCUGCCAUUACCGCUCUGCUGCUCUGCAGCGCUUCGCUGGCGUUUCUCACCUGGACGGGCCGCGCGUUUAGUCCAUUGGGUCACUUUGCCAUUUGCCUGGAGAUUGUGCUGCUGAUUUAUACGGCACUGCCCAUGCCGUUGUGGCUGGGCGCCAGCAUUGCCAUCUGCUAUUCCAUAGCCUUUGAGCUUGUCUCCCACAUUGUGAUCGAGGUGAGCGCCGUGCAUGGCGGCAACGGCGAAGGCGGCGAUCCCAGCCAUAAGAUCCUCCUGCUGCGCAUCAUGGCGCAUCUGAGCGUGCAUCUGGUCGGAGUGCAUGUGCUCGUCAUGAAUCUGGUGCGCAUGCGCGGCACCUUCAUGAAGGUGGGACAAAAUCUGCUGGUGCGCCGCCAGCUGGAGAUGGAGAAGCAGCUCAAGGAGAAGAUGAUACACUCGGUUAUGCCGCCCAAAGUGGCGGACAUGCUGCUCAAUGAAGGCGGCAGCGCUGGCAUCGAUCCCAACAGCCCACCAGAGUCGCAUUACAUGCGCCCGCGCGCCUCCCACGACGUCAAGUCGCUCUUCCGGCCAUUCCACAUGCACAGCAUGGAGAACGUCAGCAUUUUGUUUGCCGAUAUUGUCGGCUUUACUCGCAUGUCCUCCACCAAGACGGCGGAGCAGCUGGUCGAGAUACUCAACGAUCUGUUCGAGCGCUUCGAUGAUCUCUGCUCGCUCAGCGGCUGCGAGAAGAUCUCCACGCUGGGCGACUGCUACUACUGCGUCUCGGGCUGUCCGGAGCCGCGUGCCGAUCACGCCAUCUGCUGCGUCGAGAUGGGUCUGGGCAUGAUCGAUGCCAUGCGCUGCUUCGAUUCCCAGCGCCAUGAGGGCGUCAAGAUGCGCGUGGGCGUCCACACGGGCACCGUCCUCUGCGGCAUAGUGGGCACCAGACGUGUCAAGUUCGAUGUGUGGAGCAAUGACGUCAGCCUGGCAAAUAAAAUGGAGUCAUCCGGCAAGCCAGAGCAAGUGCACAUCUCACAGGAAACUUCGGUCUUUCUCGGCGACAACUACUACCUGGAGGAGGGCGAAGAGGUCUUUGGUCAUCGCACCUAUUUCGUAGUGGGACGUCGUCGCGAUGUCUCGCGUGCCAAUAGCUUGAGUCCCAGCAUGGCGGCCACAGCCGCAGGCAGUUCAUUGAUGUUGCCUGGACAUGGCAUGGCGCUCGCUUCGCUUUCACAAAGCGCCACCAAUAUCUCAGCGGUGCAGCCGAAUGUGCCGCCCGCCUCGCCAGUGGGUCAGCUGUCCAACUCGUUAAAGUCCUCGCCGGUGCUCUCAAUGCGUCCGCGCUUGACCUCGUUGAGCAUGAAGCUGCGCAAGAAGUCGCAAACGCAGCAGCGCGAUCUGGAACGCGGCAUUAUUCAUCCCGCUGCAGCUGGCAUACCGCCGUUGAUUGUGAUGCGCGAGCGUCCCAAGAUUAUAAUAACAAGCAAGUCGCUGCCCGGCAGCCUGGACUCGGACGAGCAGCCCAGCUCGCUGGAGCAGCAGCCACCAGUGGCGGAAUCUCCCAGACGCAACAAGUUCCGCAGCAAGGUGUGGCAAAUGUCCAAGUACUUUAAGCUGCCGCUGCUGGGCAACAACAAGGAUAAGCAGCAGCAGCAGAAGGAGAAGCAGUCGGAUAAGCAGCAAGAGAAGCAGCAAGACAAGCAGCAAGACAAGCAGGAGCGCUUCAACGGACUUACUGGCGCAGCAGCAGCAAAUGGCAGCGAGGAGACUCAAGCGUUUAUGGAGCAGAACGGCAGUCAGCUGGGCAGUGGCGGCGUCUAUCAGCAGCUGCCCGUGCUGGUGGAGACGGCCUGCAGCAGCCAAAUGCUGGACAUACCCAAUCUAAGUCGUCCGCCCGUGCUGCAGCAUGCAGCGACGUCGACUGCGCUCUCCAGCGUUGCGCUGCGCUCACCCGACGGCGGCGGCGCCACUGGCAAUGGCAACAGCUGCUGCUCACCCGGACAGUACUCGAUGUACGAUGACAUUAUCGACGUGCGCUCCUACAUAAGCCAAUCCCGCAGCGAUAUUUCGCCAUUCGGACGCACUGGCAGUUAUCGCUCGCAAUGCGGUCGUCAGUCUAUAGCACAGACGCUGGAGCAGUCUUCGCCGCUGCCACGCCCACGCGCCAAUACGCUCACCAGCGGGCGGCAGAAUCUGCCACUGGGUGAGCCGCAGCCCAGCACCAGCAGCGGCGUUGGGCCAGCUGCUCCCGGCAGCAGCAGCAACAACAAUUGCUGCCUGAAUGCGCCCACUGCAAGCUUCUCCCAGUCGCGCAACUCGAGCAUCUGGCCGGAUGGCCUAAGCAUCUGCCCGUCCGCCACUUCGCGCAAGGAUUCGGGCAUUAAGAGCAACUCGCGGCGCAGCAGCAUUCAGCAGCAGAUCUAUGCAUUGAAUCAAUCGGCCAUAAGUCAGCAUCGCGUCUCGGGCUACUUUACCAGCUCCACCUCCAGCAUGUCGAAUCUGGCGGAGGCUGGCGUGCUGCCCUUUGCGCUGCCCGCUCUGCCGCAGCCACAUCCAACGCCCGCCGAUCCGCUGGCCGCCUGUCUGCAGCAGCUGCGCAAGCAGUCGGAUCUGCAGCUCAUUCGCUGUGUGCGCGACAAUGCGCGCUCCCAGCGCUCGUAUCUGGUCAAGCCGCCGCUGCAUCGCUUCAGUUUGUACUUCAAGUCGCGCCAGUUGGAGCGCGACUUUCGCUCCAAGGCUCAUCGCUUUGGCAGCGAGCACGAGCACGAUGGGCCGCCCACUUUGGCCACGCCUCGCUACAAUACGUACAUCGAUAUAUUUGUGGGCAUCGCUGUUUAUCUGUGCAUCUCCAUCUCGCUGUUUCUGAUGACGCAGAAUACGGUGACGCCCACUUUCCGUUUGUGGGUCACGCUCUUCAGCUGCUUCACCGCCAUUCAGGUGUUUGCUCUGUUUCUCUUUACGCGCCAGAUGUGCCGUCGACAUGGCACCGGACGCAUGCGCAGCAAGUCCAGCGCCAGCGAAUCCGCCACAGCAACGGCCACGCCCACGCCCACAACUCCAACGCAGCCGCCGCCGUCGCAGCCACAGCAAUUUGAAUCCUGCGCCGAUCGCAUCUUCGAGUCCAUCUCCAGCUGGUAUCCAUGGCACACCUGUCUGGCCGUACUCAUGGCCAUGCCUGUGCUCCUGAUCAUUGCCAACUUUCUGCUGCUCGAUCUGACCCAACUGCAGGCCUUUGAAUACCACUACGGCUUCCUCAUCUUUGUCUGCAUUGUGCACUUUUGCAACUUCACCCAGCUCAACUGCUGGAUGCGCAACGUGCUCGCGUUUCUGGCCGCGCUCUGCUUCAUUGGCAUAGCCGUCUCCCAACUGGCGGUCUACAGGCAGCGCUCGGGCCUGGAGCUGGACGUUGAAGAGUUAAACAGUAGCGCUGUUAUCUAUGAGGAAAUCAAAUGGUUCCAUGACUACCAUGUUGAAAUUUAUCUGGACUUACUGCUCAUUCUCGUGCUCGUUUGGUUUCUGAAUCGCGAGUUUGAAAUUGGCUAUCGACUCACCUUCUACGGCAACGCUGUGGCCAACCAGGACAAGGUGCGCGUCCAGAACAUGAAGAACCAGGCGGACAUGCUGCUGCACAACAUCAUACCCAAGCAUGUGGCGGAGCAUCUGAAGAACACAGCCAAGUACUCGGAGAAUCAUCACAACAUUGCCAUCAUCUUUGCUUCGAUAGUGAACUUCAAUGAAAUGUAUGAUGAGAGCUAUUUGGGUGGCAAGGAGUUCCUGCGCGUGCUCAACGAGCUGAUUGGCGACUUUGAUGAGCUGCUCUCGCAUCCGAAGUUUCGCGCAGUGGAGAAAAUCAAAACCAUUGGCUCCACUUUCAUGGCAGCCAGCGGGCUGGAUCCAUCGCAUCGUCUGGGCGGACAUGAGCACAUCCAUACGCUGAUGGAGUUUGCGCUGGAGAUGCAGCGUGUGGUCUACGAGUUCAACAAGGAUCUGCUCGAGUUUAAUCUCAUUCUGCGUAUUGGCAUGAACAUUGGCGACGUCACCGCUGGCGUCAUUGGCACCAGCAAGCUCUACUACGACAUUUGGGGCGAUGCUGUCAACGUGGCCUCGCGCAUGGACUCCACUGGUUUGCCGAAUCGCAUACAGGUGGGCAAGGACUGCUUGCAGUUCCUCACCGACUGCUUUGAGUUUGAGCCACGUGGCAGCGUCUAUGUCAAGGGCAAGGAUCACAUGGAGGUGUUUCUCUAUACCGGACGCAGGGAGCAGGAUGCAGCUGGCGCGGCACCGCAGGUGGUUGUGGAGCCGCCCACCGUUACCGAGGAGGAGGACGAGGAGCUGCACUCAAGCGAGACCACAUCGCUCUUCAAGUCGCAGCCGUCGCUGCAUUCCGUGCAGCUCAACGGAAUCGGCGGCGGCGUCGGCAGCGGCAUUCUCAAUGCAGAACUCUAAGCUCCAAACUUAUCCCGAUCCAGAUGCAAACAACAACAACAACAAUUACACAACUCUUGGCCGUCAGCAAAAUGGUUUCCAUAUUGUAACUGCAUUUAAUGCAUGUGAGAAUGUUUAGAGUAGGACAGCAGCAGGUUGGGGCUUGGCUUGGGCGCGACGGCUUGUAAACCGUUUAUUUGUGAUAUGUAACUAAUGUUGAAUAUGAUACGAUACGAUAGGCUUUUUUUUUAACUAUUAUUAUCCUUUUAAUAAGUAUUACGCGUGUGUUUUGACCGGCACUUGAAAAUUGUAUGAAUGAAAAAGCAAAAAUAGGCGCAAGCGUCAGUGGCUGAAGAGAGCGCGCAGUUGCAAAAGUAACGGCAUGCAAGCUGCAAAUUGAGUGCUUUAGCGCUCCAUCCUCUUUAAAGUAACGGCAUGCAUGCUCUCGAACUCUCUUGCUAUGUACGAAGCUUGGCGUAGCGCUCUUGCUCUCUCUCGCUUUGUACGCGGCAAAAGUAACGGCAUGCACUGCUGACUUGAGUGCUUUUGCGCUUUCGCUCUCUGGCUAUGAACGAAGCUGCAGUUAGCGCUAUCUCGCUCAUACUUUGCAAGACUGAGCGUAGGUGGCGAGAGUAAAAAUGAAAUUGACUCGAUUUGAGUGCAGUUAGCAACGUUGAGCUGCUUGCUUUUUAGCUCAAUGUGUAGAUUCGUAGCCAAGCGACAAGAGAUCCAUUUACACACACACACACACACACUUACACACAAACUCUUUACAUAUUAUAUAUGUAUGUCUGUCUGCA